AUAGCCGGGAUUGUAAGUAAACAUGUCGCUGCAUUUCACAGAUGGGGAAUUUCUGGAGGCAUGGAAGGAAUUAGAUGAACCUAAUUUGGAGGGAGGAUGGGAGUUUUUCACAGAGACAAUGGGUGUCAAAAUUUACCGGCUGUUUGACAAGGAAACUGGACUUUAUGAGUACAAAAUCUUUGGUGUUCUUGCCACCUGCACCCCAGAGCUGUGUGCUGAUGUCUACAUGGACUUGCUGUAUCGGAAACAAUGGGAUGGAUAUGUCAAAGAGCUGUAUGAGAAGGACUAUGAUGGCCAAUCAGCAAUCUACUGGGAGGUGAAAUACCCAUUUCCUCUGUCAAACAGAGAUUAUGUGUACGUCAGGGAGCGGCGGGACGUCGACGCGGAUGGCAGGAAGGUCUACGUGGUGCUGGCUAAGAGCUCUCCACAGUCCCCGUUGCCGGAGAAGAGUGGGGUUCAGCGGGUUAACGACUACAAACAGAGUGUGGCCAUGGAGAGCGAUGGGGCUUGCGGCACCAAAGUCUUCAUGAAUUACUUUGAUAACCCUGGUGGUAAUAUUCCAACGUGGCUUGUGAACUGGGCAGCUAAGAGUGGAGUGCCUGCCUUCAUAACAGACAUGCAGAAGGCCUGCAGCAAUUACUCAAACUACUGCCAGAAGAACAAGAAAUGAAUGCCUUUUAUUGGAGGUCGCCUCAACGCUACGAGGAUUGCAAUUUUCAGGCCAUCUUUCAGUACAGUUUACUCCAAGAGUAUUUAACUCUUACCGUAUGAGGUCCGGAGCCUGUUGGUUUGAACUAAUUCCAUCCAGCUGGCAACCAGGGAGUUGUUGAUAUGAUAGUUGAUGGGUGGAAGUAGUGUUACGGGUCUUGUGUACCUGCAUGUGUUAUGGAAUGGGGCAUGUACUGUAUUUUAGUUUUGUCUAUAUUUUAAAUUACACCUUUCUUGAAGUUACCGGGUACUGUAUUCUGUCUCCAAUGUAAAUGUUGCGUUUUGGGUUUGCCUAACAGCUAGGAUGAGAUCUGAAUCAUUGAUCUACCCUCUGUUUGAACUGCUUCUGUACUGUAUUUUGUGCUGAUAAUAUAUUUUCCUUUUACAUUCCUGUUUCUAAUGGUCUAAAAUGAGUUAGAAUUUGAAAUCCUACAUUUUUUAUGUAUUAAUAUUCAGUCAGUUGAUAAAAAUAUGUAUUUUUUACACUUCUGAUCAAGCACUGAAAUCGAAUCAUGUUCCAAAAAAAGUAUGUAUAAAUGAAACACUACGCAGUACAUUACUGUAAUUUUUCUGCUCAUUAAACAAAUGUACGUGAUAUGAAUUCAUGUCAGAGGCGGAUCUUAAAUGGGUGCGUUGGGUGCAUGGCACCCAUGGCAGCCCAUCACGGGCCCCCAAGAAAUGUAUCUUAUGGUUGAAAAAAUAAUAGCAAGCAGAAUAAAAUUAUAUUAUGA